UUUAAAUGAAGUAUUGAAUUCUUCUUGCAUAACAGUUACAGCCUACAAAAGAAACAUCAACACCGUUAGACGUUCAAAAGCACCGAUCCAACGGCCAGUAAUACACACACGAAUUCAUCUACGAAAGCAGCGAAAGCAGACGGUUAUUUGCGUCCCCUCAUUUCUUCCGGUCCGGGGCGGCAUCCUCAUCCCUCCUUAAGCCUUAAACAGAAAGGAUUGAGAAAAUAAUAUGGAAGAAGAACCUUCUAGUGAAGGUAAAGAAAUUGUGGACUCAUAUGUGGGUUUGGAAGAUGAAGGUGAUGGCUGUUGUGUGGUAGAAGAUAAUGAGAAUCAUAUGGUUUCGGAUGACCAUGGAAAGGAGGACGAACAGUUGAACCUUGAGUUUUCUCAACACUCAGUUGGUGGUGGGUUAGAGCCUACAUUAGGAAUGGAGUUUACUUCUGAGGAUGAUGCUAGGAAUUUUUACAAUGCAUAUGCUAAGCAGAUGGGUUUUAGUAUUCGUGUGAAUUCCUAUUAUCGAUCAAAGAAAGAUAAUUCGAUUAUAUCUAGAGAAUUUUGUUGUUCCAAAGAAGGGUUUCGCCGGGAGAAACGUUCUAGAAAUGUGGAUUCAGGAGAUGAUACAAAGAGGAGGCGUGUUAGGCCUAUUACAAGAGAGGGUUGCAAGGCAUUAAUGACUGUCAGGAGACGGGAUAAUGGAAAGUGGUAUGUGGCUAAGUUGGAGAAAAAUCAUAACCAUGAGCUUGUGACUCCGGCAAUGAGGCAUUUCCUUCGGUCACGUAAGGAAGAGGAUGAUCCAAAGAAAAGUCCGAGUGACUCUAUCAGUUUCUUGGGAGUGGGUGUGAAUGCUUCUGUGAACAUAUUGACUGAAGAAGGUAACAGUUUUGGCAAAUUGGGAUUUGCUGCACAAAAUAAAGUUAACUUUACUGGAAGAGGAAGGUUAAGCAAUUUUGGGGUAGAUGCACAAAGUUUGAUUGGGUUCUUUAAGGUUAUGCAAACUAGUGAUCCUGCAUUUUAUUAUGCUAUUCAGGUUGAUGAGGAAGAUCGCCUCAGUAGUGUUUUUUGGGUUGACACAAGAUCAAGAAUUGCUUAUAAUUGUUUCUCUGAUGUUCUAUCUUUUGACACCACUUACCUAGUGAAUCAAUAUAAAAUGCCAUUUGCACCUUUCAUUGGAGUAAAUCAUUAUAGGCAGUCAGUAUUGUUUGGUUGUGCAUUACUAGCAGAUGAAACUGAAUCUACUUUCAUUUGGCUUUUCACAACUUGGCUUGAGGCAAUGUCCGGGCAUCAGCCAGGUCUAAUUGUAACUGAUUAUGAUUCUGCCAUUACUAGAGCAGUAGAAAGCGUUUUCCCACAGUCAAGCCAUCGAUAUUGCAAGUGGCACAUCCUGAGCAAAAUGCCAAAGGAAGUAGGACUUGUAUACAGUUCACUCCCAAAGGCAUUUCAAGUACAGUUUGACAAAUGCAUUAACAAGAGUGAGAUACCUGAAGAAUUUGAAUCUGCUUGGCAGUUGCUUCUUGAUAAGUACAGUCUUAGAGGAAAUGAAUGGCUUCAAUCCCUUUAUAUUGAUCGCAAGUUAUGGGUACCAACAUAUGUGAGGGACUCAUUCUUUGCUGGCUUGUAUUCCACCUGGAGAAGCAAAAGUGUCAACUCACUAUUUGAUGGCUAUGUAAAUGCUGGGACUACGUUACAGGAUUUUGCAGAGCAAUACGAGCAGGCUCUGAAUGAUCGAUAUGAGAAGGAAGUAAGGGCAGAGUUUGAAACUUUUUACACUAAACCAGUUUUAAAGACACCACUUCCUAUGGAAAUACAAGCAGCACAAGUUUACACCAGAAAAUUGUUCUCACUAUUCCAGGAUGAAAUUUAUGAAUCUCUUGUGCUUGCUGUGAAAUUAAGUCAAGAAGAUGGAUUAUCAAAGACAUAUGAGGUAGCAAGAUUUGACGAAGAACAUAAAGUACACCUGGUAGGAUUAAAUAUGGUUGAGCAGAUAGCUAGUUGUAGUUGCAAGAUGUUUGAGUUUGAAGGGAUCCUCUGCAGACAUGUGAUUGCCGUGUUCAAAGCAACUAAUAUCUUCUUGCUUCCUCAACAUUAUAUUUUAAAACGAUGGACUAGAAAUGCUAAGGAUGAGGCCAUGUUGGAUGAAGUACCGUCUGUUGAGAUGCAUGGCAAUCCCCAGAAGGGGAAGAACUCACAGUACAACCUUUUGUAUCGAGAAGCCGUCAAAUGUGCAGAAGAGGGGAUGGCAUCUGACCAUAGCUUCAAGGUAGCAGUAAAUGCCUUGAGGGAGGCUAGAAUUAAAAUUGUUAAUGCUAAGAAAAAUGCUAUAAAUGCCUGGAAACUAGAGACUGUGGCCAGCACCAACUAUGAGGACGAAAACACCACAGUUGCUAAUCAGGUAGAUGGUUCAUUAGAAUUAAUCAAUCUCGCAGACCACCAGCAAGCUAAAAUGAGAGAUUCCUUCGCAGAAAAUAAUAUCGCCAAACAAUCAUCAGAAUAGUCAUCAACUAGAGUUAGUAUAUGCACUAAUUGUAAGUGCCCGUAUAUGAUAAUCAUUCUUGCUUGUGGUUGAAGGAUGCAAGAGGAAGCCCUUCAAAGG